CGAAAUACAAACGGCGGCUCUCGAACAGGACACCCCACCGUAGUGAUCAGCAGAGGUUUAUCAGAUGUCAAUCUAUCUUGCCCAACACGCUCAUUAGCUCACUAAACAGAGCUCUCGAAAAGGACACCUCAUCGAUUCAUCCUAAACAUCAUGACCGAGCCCAUACGCCGAAGUCGUCGCCUUGUCAAGGAUGAGGAUCUGGAGGACGGGCCUAGCACCUCGAAAUACUUUCCAGAAAACAGGCAUGUAGAGUCGGAGCCUGCCAUACUAUCGCAUGUGAGAUCCAAGAGAAAUUCUUCGGACUCGCCAACGAAGCCUCACAAGCGAGUCAAAUUGGAAGAUACAUCGCAUGAUCGGUCGGCGUCCUCUCCUCUGACCGAUCUCGAAGAACUACCACCCCAUCUUCGCUUGCAAUCCAUACCUAUCAAGGUGGAAACUGCACUUUCGACAACCCCCAAGAGCAAGAAACCUGUCGUUAAGCUCAAGCUGGAAAAGCCACAUAGAGCUCCGGAGAAUUGGGAAAAACAGUGGGAUUUGAUACUUCGGAUGCGAGCGAAGAUCAUCGCUCCGGUAGACACCUUAGGCUGCGACACGACGCCCAAUGGAGAACGAACGAGCGAUCCCAAGAUCGUCAGAUUUCACGUUCUCAUCAGCCUCAUACUGUCCUCUCAAACCCGUGAUCCUGUAACUUCUCAGGCAGUUACAAACCUUCAUGAACGCCUUUCCGGAGGGCUGACCGCAGCGUCUCUCGCUACGGCCCCCUCCGAUCUUGUCGCCGAAUGCAUUUCGAAGGUUGGAUUUUGGAGACGCAAGACCGAAUACAUUCAAGAAGCAGCACGAGCUAUCGUCGAAGGUGGUCUGGACGAUGGAGAAGACCUUCCCGAAGGCUGGGAGGGAAGGGAUUUGACCGGGGUCGAUCCGGACGGGAGACCUGGCGAUAUCCCGAUGACGUUGGGCGGAUUGUGCAAGCUGAAGGGCGUUGGACCAAAGAUGGCGUUCCUGACCCUGCAGUGUGCUUGGAAUAUCAAUGCUGGAGUGGGUGUGGACACCCACGUUCAUAGGGUGACCAAUCGACUGAGUUGGCACAAACCCAAAACUACCGAUCCGGAGCAGACACGUCUCAACCUGCAGUCAUGGCUUCCUCGUCAUCUAUUCAAGCCCAUCAACCACGUGUUAGUCGGAUUCGGACAGGUCGUCUGUUUGCCGGUCGGUCCUCGCUGUGAUGUCUGUCUUCUCGCCAAGGAGAAGAUCUGCCCGGUCAGAGUGACAAAUGGCAACUACAAGGCUCGCAAGGAUAUCGGCGUCAGCUUCGAAGAGGAAGAUGAAGCAACCGUCAAGGCGGAGCCGAAGCUGGAGAUCGAAUUGGAAACAACGGUCAAGGCGGAACCGGAGCUGGAGAUCUAAUCGGAAGCUGCCUGAAAGAAGCAACGGGAUACCCUUUUCAUGGUAUCUUCUGACGAUAUAUUUCGACAACGCUGUAUCCGCACUAUGACUGUAAGCUGGGUCGGUAGUUGUAUCAUACCAAAUAUAAACACCAAUUUGCCAAC